UACAAAAUUUUCAAACCGUGGAAUUCCGAAUUAGAUGUUUUGACAAGAGAUAAUAAUAAAGAUGAUUAUCCUAAAUAUUAAAGAAACGUCUGUGGACGUGUCGGAACAAGAAAUGAUGUACUAAUUUAUAGAAACUCCCCAAAACAAAAAUUAUUAACUAUGAAAAUCAAUUAAUAAUCGAAUAAAAAAAAGUAGAAGUCAAAAAGUCAAGAAAGGCACCCACCCAACUGGCUUUGCGUCACCUACCUUUGCUUCUAUUACCAUCCACGGUGUCUCUCUGUUACUGCUGAUCACGUAUGAAUCAUUAGCCAAUUGAGUAGCACUAAGCACAACACUAACUCAAAUAUUUUUAAGAAACAUCAAGUAAAAUUCGGUAAAAUAUGGCAUCCGAAUGUGCUUUAGCUUGAGUCCUAUUAUUAAAUCUAAACUCAUCUAGAACAAAAAACCAAAAGAAAAGCUGAAUUUGUGUCACUUUCACAUAAAGAGACGCGAAAUCACGUAACGAGAUAUGUCAUAUCAUAUUGAAUAUAUCAAAGUCAAUAACGUCACACCAUCACAUUAUCUAAUUAUUCAAAUUUGCCGACACUCAACCCCAAAAUCUCUCACUAUAAAUACCACACAGAAACCUUCUUGUUCAAAUCAUCAUCAUCAUCAUCUUACAAUGGCGUCUUCACCUUUCAUCUCCCUUCUUCUUCUCUUGAUCAUCUCACUAUCAUCAUCCUCAUUUGCUCAACCAUCAUUCCGACCAAAAGCUCUCGUUCUCCCUGUCACCAAAGACCAAACCACCCUCCAGUACACCACUGUCAUCAACCAGCGCACUCCUCUCGUCCCCGCCUCCGUUGUCUUCGACCUCGGUGGUCGUAAUCUCUGGGUAGACUGCGACAGAGGUUACGUCUCCUCCACUUACCGCUCCCCUCGCUGCCGCUCCGCCGUGUGCUCACGUGCCGGCUCAGACGGCUGCAGCCAGUGCUUCUCUCCUCCGAGACCUGGCUGUAACAACAACACAUGCAGCGGAACUCCAGACAACACCGUCACCAGAACCGCAACUUCCGGCGAAAUCGCUACAGACGUAGUCUCUAUCCAAUCCACCAACGGAUCCAACCCGGGUCGGAUCGUUCAAAUCCCGGACUUGGUUUUCGUUUGCGGGGCAACGUUUCUGCUCCAAGGACUCGCUAGCGGAACCGUCGGUAUGGCUGGGAUGGGACGCCACAACAUCGGUUUACCAUCUCAGUUCGCCGCCGCGUUUAGCUUUAACCGGAAGUUCGCCGUCUGUCUCACUUCCGGUAGAGGCGUCGUCUUCGGCAACGGACCUUACGUGUUCCUCCCCGGGAUUCCAAUCUCCACCGUCGCCACCACGCCGUUGCUCAUCAACCCGGUGAGCACUGCGUCUGCGUUUCCAUCAGGGGAGAAGUCCUCCGAGUACUUCAUCGGCGUGACGGCGAUCAAAAUCGACGAGAAGACCGUUCCGAUCAACGCCACGCUCUUGAAAAUCGACGGGACCACCGGAGUCGGAGGAACCAAGAUCAGCACGGUGAAUCCGUACACGGUGUUGGAGACGUCGAUAUACAACGCAUUCACGUCGGCAUACGUCAGAGAAGCCGCGGGGAGGAACAUCACUCGAGUUGCUUCGGUGGCUCCCUUCGGCGCGUGUUUCAGCACGGAGAACGUCGGAGUAACGCGUCUCGGAUAUGCUGUGCCGGAGAUUCAGCUUGUGCUUCACAGCAACGACGUCGUUUGGAGGAUAUUCGGAGCUAACUCGAUGGUCAGCGUCAGUGAUGACGUCAUCUGUUUGGGUUUCGUCGACGGAGGAGUCAACGCGCGAACCUCUGUGGUAAUUGGAGGGUACCAGCUGGAAGAUAAUUUGAUUGAAUUCGAUUUGGCGAGUAACAGAUUUGGGUUUAGUUCCACAUUACUGGGCCGUCGCACUAAUUGUGCCAACUUCAAUUUCACUUCCACUGCAUAAUUAAUUCUAUUUGAUCAUAUAUUCUUAAAAAUAAAGGUUUUCUUCGGUGGCAAUGUUUGAUAUGGUUAAUAAGGGGCCUAUGAAUAAUUUGUAGGCAAAUUUUCUUACUUUAUUUGAAUAAUGUUGUAAUGUUUGAAUAUAAUAUACACUUAGAUUUUGAAUAAUGUUGUAAUGUUUGAAUAUUAGUAAUAUACAUACAAUAUAGUUGUUGUUAAUU